AUGAAACAAACGAAUUUCCACAAUUUUUUGCGUCUGACUUACCCCAAAACGCAAGCAAAAGGACAGCGCGGAUGGAACCAUUAUUUUUCACUUCACCUGCCCAAGGAAUGGUUUAAGGAGAACGUCAAGCAGAACAUUUACAUCAAUUUCGACAUGCUCAGGAGCAUUUACGACUUUUGGAAAAAGAACGCCUUUAAAAGAUACAUCCUGAACAACAUAUCCAAGUUUGUAGUGAAGGAAGAUAUAUACAGUAGGCUAAGAAGUGCACGUGAAUAUAACUCCCUAUUUUUCUACUUUGAUAUAAUGGAGGAGGGGUCAAUAAAAUAUGUGCAAUAUUUCGCAAUAAUGAAAAAAUUGGGCCUCAUAGACGCCAACAUACAAGCCUCGUUUAACGGACUGGACAUUUCCAGAAGUGGACAAGUGCAAUUCAGCAACAUAAUCGCUUGUCUUUUAAAUGGAUUUAUAAAGAUUGAUAAACGAAUGGUGUUAAAAUUUUUUAAAAAAGUGGACUACGACAAUGAAGGAAUUAUCACCAAAAAAAAGCUGUACAAAUUUUACUGCAUGAAAAGUAGAAACGAGAUCGGCUCCAACGACAAGCGAAAAUUUAGUAAGAUUUUAUGA